AUGGAAGCCGAAGACGGAACCGUGCCCCUUGACGAGACGUUUACCGAGACCAUUGAACACUAUGGCCGCAGUUAUCAACAUUACGCCCUAACAAACGGAGUCUAUUUUGCACCGAUCGACGAGGACGAAAUUUCACGCCUCGAGCUGAUGCACGGGGUGCUCAACAGACUCUUCGACAACCGUCUAAUAUUCCCGCCCAUCAGGUCUCCGAGAAGAAUUCUUGACUGCGGUUGUGGCCCUGGGGACUGGGCUAUGGAGGUUGCUUCGCAGUAUCCUGAUGCUGAGGUCCUCGGAAUCGACAUAAGCCCGCAUGUGAUCCCUGAGAGUCCACCCGACAACAUGGAGCUCCAGGUCGAUGACCUCAACGGAAGGUUCACAUUCCAAUCCAACCACUUUGAUGUUGUCCAUAAUGCUCGAGAGUAUGAGAUCGGAUGGUCGAACAACGAAAACGUGAAUCAGCUCCUAUACUCGCUGGCACUCUACCCCUUCACACAGUUCCUAGGGAUGUCGUUUAACGAUUUUCAGCUCCUGGUUGCCCAAGCAAGGAGCGAGGCCGGCAACCCGGCAUUCAAGGUGAACACCCCCUGA